GGCCACGCUUCUUCUUCCACUUGUUGAGCAGAGGCUGAAAAAGAAUAAAACGAGGAAAUCGUCAGCGUUUCAAGAUUUUUUUCUUAAUCCCUGUCUCCUUGCUCUGUGUCAAGCUCAUAAUUUGCAGAAUUCCGAAAAGGAGAAGAAGACAAAACAGGGAUUAGGAAAUCAAUGGAGGAACCGUCAAUGAAUUCAAGGACUAGAACCUUUACAUCCUCUGAGAUUAUUGAAAUAACUUCAAAUUUCAAAACAAUGAUUGGGAAAGGAGGAUUUGGAGAAGUUUACUUUGGCACCCUGAAGGAUGGCCCUGAUGUUGCUGUUAAGGUUCUGCUUUCAUCAUCAGAGCAAUGCCGUAAGGCAUUCCUAAAAGAGGCAAAACUGUUGACUGGUGUCCAUCAGCGAAACUUGGUUUCUCUAGUGGGAUACUGCGAUGAAGAUGGUAAGGAGGCAUUGAUAUUGCAGUAUAUGUCUAAUGGAAAUUUGAAACAACAUUUAUCAGAGAGAAGCGAAAGAGUUUUGAUUUGGAUUCAAAGGCUUCAAAUUGCCUUAGAUGUUGCUUAUGGGUUAGAAUAUCUACAUGGUCGGAAGCCACCAAUAAUCCACAGAGAUUUGAAACCUGACAACAUCUUAUUGAAUGAAUACAUGCGAGCCAAGAUAGCUGAUUUUGGGUUAUCCAGAGAUUUUAUAACAGAAUCUGCCACUCAUAUAUCAACUCACCCUGCAGGCACAUUUGGAUACCUAGAUCCUGAUUCUUUUAAAAUGGGACAAAUAAGCAAGAAAAGCGAUGUGUAUAGCUUUGGGAUAAUUCUACUACAGUUAGUUACUGGUAAGCCAGCAGUCAUCACACGAGAGACAGAGGAAAGCAUUAACAUAACUUACUGGAUUGAUCCUUUAAUCAAAAGAGGGUACCUCCGGGCAAUCGUUGAUCCAAGGCUAAAUGGUGAAUUCAACGUUAGUAUCGCACGAAAAGUAAUAAAGAUAGCAAUGUCAUGUGUGAAGCCAAUUAAAGAAAGGCCUGACAUUAGUCAAAUAUUGACAAAACUUAAGGAGUGUUUGCGUGUGGAGGUUGGUUUUUCUGGGGUGUUGGAUGAUACCAGCAGACCCAAUAUCCUAGUUAAACUCUACAGAAACAUAAGACACAGACAAAAAUGGGCCAUUAUGAAAUCAAUGGAGGUGCAACUGAAUUUUCGGGGUUUUAGAAUCUUUACCCGCACUGAGGUUGCUGCAAUAACUUCAAAUUUUAAAGAAGUUAUUGAAGAAGGGAGAUUUAACAGAGUUUACCUUGGCACGCUCAAUAAUGGCGCUCAUUUUGCUGUUAAGAUUCUGUCUCCAUCAUCAUCAAACGAAGAAUAUUAUCAAUUACGAACCGAGGUAGCACUACUAAGUGUCCUUCAUCACAGAAAUUUGGUUUCUGCAGUGGGAUACUGUGAUAAUAAUAAGGCAUUGAUAUAUGAAUACAUGGCUAAUGGAAAUUUGAGACAGCAGUUAUCAGGGGAAUACAAAAGAAUUUUGUGCUGGAAUGAGAGGCUUCAAAUUGCUAUUGAUAUCGCACAUGGAUUGGAGUAUCUGCAGAUGUGUUGCAAGUCAUUUAUAGUACAUAGAAAUUUGACAUCCCAUGUUAUCUUAGUGAAUGAAAACAUGCUAGGCAAGAUAGCUGAUUUCAGAUUGGCUAUAUUUUUGAAUGAAGAAUUUGAAGAAUCUGCUGACAUUUGUGGGUCAUUAGGAUACUUGGAUCCUCAGUAUCUUUUGAGGUCAAAAGUAAACAAGAAAACUGACCUGUACAGCUUCGGUAUAAUUUUACUAGAGUUGUUAACCGGUUGGCCUGCUCUGGCGAUUGAGUGCGACCCUCUUCCACAUAUAAUUGAUCGGGUAGAGCCUAUAAUGAGGACAGGGGAUAUAGAAAGACUUGUUGAUCCAAGGUUGCAAGGAAAAUUCAAUAUCAACACUGCUUCAAAAUUUGCAAAGUUAGCAAUGUCGUGUGCAUCGAAAUCUGCAGACCAAAGGCCAGACUUAAGUCAUGUGCUUGUAGAACUCAAGAAGUGGUUGGCAUUAGAGACUGUUGGAAACAGAAAAUAAGAAAGAGUAAUUUGAAGAAGGGUUUAUUGCUUUCUUUGUUUUUAUUGUAUAUACAAAGAUCCUAUAUAUAAAGAGGUGCAAGCUUA